AUGGCUACCCCUAGUGUCCUAGCUUUUGACGCUGAGGGUCGCGCCAUAGAUUUCGAGGUCUGGUUAGACGACCUGCAGCUGUUCUUACAGUGCGACGGGGCUGAUGGCCUUUCUCUCUUUGACCUCACCUCUGGCGCCUCUCCUGCUCCUGCUGCUGAUGCCGAUCCCACUGUCCGCUCUCAGUGGGCCACCCGCGAUGCUGCUGCACGUCUUGCUGUGCGUCGCCACCUCCCUACCUCUGAGCGUGCGCACUUUAGUCAGUACAAGAGUGCUCAGACCUUGUACGACGCUGUAGUUGCGCGCUACUCCUCCCCUGCCACUGCUGCACUGAGCCGUCUCAUGCUUCCCUACCUCUUUCCUGACCUCUCUGCCUUUCCCACUGUCGCUGACCUCAUUACGCACCUCCGCACUAGUGACACUCGCUACCGCGCCGCCCUUCCUGCUGAGUUCUGCGCUAAGAACCCACCCCCCAUGUACAUCGCUCUCUACUACGUAGUCGCGCGCCUCUCUGACUCCCUUCGCGUCGUCAAGGACCACUUUCUCGCAGUCUGUCCCACCACCCUCACCGUCGACGUCCUCGAGAAGGCCCUCCUCGUAGCGGAGAAGAGCAUAGUCGCUGUAGGUGCUUCUCGUGGUGACCCUCGCACCCCCAUCUUUGAGGGGUGCUAUCCUUCCCCCUUGCUGCCCUCUGUUGCCUCUGCUGCUGCUGCCGACCUGCUUGGUCUUGAGUCGGUCGGCGCGGCGUCUGCCCCUAGUGGGAGACGUUGCUCCAGCAAGGGCAAGGGGGGCAAGGGCGCGGGUGGAGCUGGAGGGGGCGGUGGCGGUGGCGGCGGUGGCGGCGGAGGGAGUGGGGGUGGCGGCGGGACUAGUGGCGGGGGUGGUGGUGGUGGUGGCAGCAGCGGCGGAGACGGUGGUGGUGGUGCCAGCGGUGGUGGUGGAGGCAGCGGCGGAGGUGGAGGCGGCGGAGGUGGAGGCGGUGGAGGCGGCAGCGGAGGAGGCGGUGGUGGUGGAGGAGGUGGAGCUGGUCGGGGUGGUACCCAGCAGCGUAGCGGCGGUGGUGGUGGCCAGCGCUCGCAGCGGCAGCAGCAGCAGCGCUCGCGGGACAUCCCUCCGCCUCAGCAGCUUCGUGAGUGGUACGUUGGGCGUCAGAGGGGUGGGGGUACUGGUCCCUGCACCUACGUUCUUCGUUCCGGCGACCGCGCGGCGAUCUUUGAUCUUGAUUUUGAUGCUAUCCUUGCUGCUAUGUAUGCUGUGACUUAUAGUGAGGAGAAUGAGGGUUACCGGUGUUUCCAGCCCGACCCGGGCAUUGGUACUGCUGCGCUAGGUGCUUGUGAGGCUGCUGCUCUAGGUGCCAGUGCGUCUGCGCUCUCAGGUACUGCGUCGUCCUCGUCCUCCCUCACUUUCACACUUGACUCCGGGGCUUCUCGCUCCUUCUUUCGAGACCGCACUACCCUUACGCCGCUCGGCCGGCCGGUUGCAGUCUCCCUUGCUGACCCCUCUGGGGGUCCUGUCCUGUCUCACUUCUCCACUGUCCUCCCGUGUCCGGCUGCCCCUUCGGGCACCCUGUCUGGUCUGUACCUUCCCUCGUUCUCUACGAACUUGGUGAGUGGUGCAGCCCUGCAGGAUGCGGGGGUUCACCAGUUCAAUCCUGCGAGUCAGCGGGUGACCCACUGCACGGACGCACGGACAGGCCGACACCUGGCCACCUUCUCACGUCGGCCGGGGUCGAGUCUCUACACCCUGACCACUUCGUCUCCUCCUGUCCCUGCGUCCGGUCAGGUAGCUGCGUCAGGUCAGGUGCUUGCUGCUGCGUCCCGGUCAGGUCCUGAGUCUGCCCCCUGUUCUUGUCGCCUCCUGUCUCACGAGACUCUCCUGUGGCACCACCGUCUUGGCCACCCCUCCUUGCCCCGUCUUCGGAGCAUGGCUUCCCGUGUCCUUGUCUCUGGUCUUCCCCAGUCUCUCCCUCCUCUCCCCUCCGGGCCAGGACCUUCCUGUGUCCCCUGUGUCGAGGGUCGCCUCCGGGCUACUCCUCACUCCUCCCACUUCCCCCCGACAGAGGCUCCCCUGCAGACGCCUCACAUGGAUGUGUGGGGCCCAGCCCCCGUCCGUGGGCAGGGUCACGAGCGCUACUUUCUGUUGGUGGUUGACGACUACUCGCGUUACACCACAGUCCUCCCCUUGCGCAGCAAGGGUGCAGUCACUGAGGUGCUGAUCGACUGGAUCCGCGAGGCUCGUCUCCAGCUCAGGAAGAGCUUCGGCUCGGACUUUCCUGUUCUGCGUCUGCACUCGGACAGAGGCGGAGAGUUCUCUUCUCGCCUUCUGCGAGACUACUCCUUGCUGUGGACGGGGAAGGUAGGCGAUGCGUCUGUGUUCCGUGUCUGGGGAUCUCGGGCGUUUGUCCGCGACUUGUCUGCGGACAAGCUGUCCCCUCGUGCUGCUCCCUGUGUCUUCCUUGGCUUCCCCACUGACGCCCCAGGGUGGCAGUUUUACCACCCCUCCUCUCGUCGUGUUCUGUCCUCCCAGGACGUCACGUUCGACGAGUCAGUCCCCUUCUACCGUCUCUUCCCCUACCGCACUCCUUCCCUCCCCCCUCCCCCGGACUUCCUUGUGCCGGUUCCCCCCCCGGUAGACCCCCUCCCCCCUCAGGUUCCUGCCCCCUCACGUGUGUCCCAGGUAGACGCCGUUGACCCGGUCGAGGUUACUGGUGACUCUGGUGCUGCUGCGGGUGCUGAGCCUGGGGUUGCUGACUCUGGGGGUGCUGUGCGCGGGGGUGCUGAGCCUGGGGGUGCUACUGCUGGGGGUGCUGGGCCUGGGGGUGCUGCUGCGGAGGGUGCGGAGCCUGGGGGUGCUGAGCCGGGGGGUGCUGUGCCUGGAGGUGCUGGGUCUGGGGGUGCUGGGUCGGGAGCUGCUGAGCCUGGGGGUGCUGAGCUGGGAGCUGCUGAGCCUGGGGGUGCUGCGUCUGGAGCUGCUGAGCCUGGGGUUUCUCCUGCUGCUGUGUCUCGCCGGGAGCCCCUCUCUCCACAGGAGCUGCGCGAGUGGUUCGCUCGCCGCUGGAGGCGUGCUGCUGAGUCUGGAGGUGCUGCUGGAGCUGGAGCUGGAGCUUCUUCGACCGUCGAGGGUGCGGGUGCUGCCGGUCCCGGAGCUGCUGGACCUGCGGGUCCUCCUGGAGCUGGAGCUGCUAAGGGCGUUGGUGCUGAGCCUACUACUGUUGGUCCUGCCGCUGGAGGUGUGGGUGGCGCUGGUGCUGUCGCUGAGGGUGCUGGUGCUGUCCCUUCUGAGUCUGGAGCUGCCGCGCGGCCUCGGCCGUACUUCGUUCCGCUCCUGCAGCAGGUUCUUGGUCUUUCUCCUCCACUAGAGGGUCCACCGCCUGUCCAGUCGCAGUCCCUGCUGGAGCCUUCCUCUCCACGGCCUGCUCCCUCUCCUUACACUGGUCCUACUGGAGGUCUUGCUGAGCGUCGUGAGCCUGCGUCUCGUCCCGCGUCGCCUGUUCGUGCUGCUCGCGCUAGUGGUCGCAGUUCGCGUCAGCGUCCUCCUCCUGUCCCUUGCACGCACCGGAUGUCUUUGCGUCUGGCCACUGCUCCUCUGCGUGCCCCUUUGCCUUCUCCUCCUGAGUCCUCUCUUCCUGCGCUUGCCGACCCUGAGUCGGACUCUCUUCGUGCUGCCAGUCCUACUGUCACGCGUCUGCUUGCUACUGUCGUCACUGACCCCUCUUUUGAGUCCACUGCUGCGUCUGCUCUAGUCGCUGAGCUCGUCGACUUUGCUGCUCGCUGUCGUCUCGACUACGCUGCUAGUCUUGUGGCUGAGUCUGCGUCUGCCUGUCCUCCGUCCGUCGGGGGUGAGUGUGCUCUUGGCACGGACGUCCUAGAGGACAGGCAGGAGGAGUUACAGUGUCUAGCGGCUGCUUCACCUCAUCUCGCGUCUGUACUGCUUGCCCCUGAGGGAGACCCGGAUGCACUAGACAUCCCGACUCCGCGUUCUUACGCGGAGGCCGUAGAGGGUCCCUACUCCUCUCAGUGGCAGGCAGCUAUGGAUGCAGAGAUGGCUUCCUGGAAGUCCACAGGCACCUACGUUGACGCAGUUCCCCCUCCUGGGGCGAACAUCGUCAGUGGCAUGUGGAUCUUCAGGGUGAAGCGGCCGCCGGGCUCUCCACGUGUCUUCAAGGCACAGUACGUUGCUCGUGGCUUCAGACAGCGGCAGGGAGUUGACUACUUUCAGACCUUCUCUCCCACCCCGAAGAUGACUACUCUUCGGGUGCUGCUGCACAUAGCCGCUCGGCGCGACUACGAGCUUCACUCUCUCGACUUCAGCACUGCGUUUCUGCAGGGUAGCCUGCACGAGGAGAUCUGGCUGCGCCGUCCGCCUGGCUUCACUGGGACUUUCCCUCCUGGCACCCAGUGGAGCCUCCGACGGCCAGUCUACGGUCUCCGCCAGGCACCGCGUGAGUGGCACGACACACUGAGGACUACGCUUGCGGCUCUUGGGUUUGCUCCUUCUACUGCUGACCCGUCGCUGUUUCUUCGCACCGACACUUCCCUGCCGCAGUUCUACAUCCUCGUGUACGUCGACGACUUGGUCUUUGCCACAGCGGACACUGCUGGACUCGCCUACGUGAAGUCCGAGCUGCUGAAGAGACACACGUGCACAGACCUGGGUGAACUGCGCAGCUACCUUGGCUUGCAGAUCACUCGGGACAGAGCACGCCGCACCAUUACCUUGACUCAGUCACACAUGGUGCAGCAGGUCCUUCAGCGCUUCGGCUUCACGUACUCCUCGCCUCAGGCCACUCCUCUGCCUACUCGCCACUCACUCUCAGCUCUGCCUUCGGAUGAGUCCGUAGAGUCGAGUGGUCCGUAUGCAGAGCUUGUUGGCUGCCUCAUGUACCUGAUGACCUGCACACGACCUGACCUUGCAUACCCUCUGAGCAUUCUUGCACGCUAUGUUGCUCCUGGGAGACACCGACCAGAGCACAUGGCUGCAGCGAAGAGGGUAUUGCGCUACCUGUGCAGUACGCCGGGCAUGGGGCUAGUGCUUGGAGGGCGGAGUCCAGUGGUCCUCACUGGUCACGCGGACGCUUCUUGGGCUGACGACCAGGCUACGCAGCGGUCGUCACAGGGUUACACCUUCAGCCUUGGUUCCGGCUUUGUCUCGUGGCGGUCUACUCGCUCGUCUUCAGUUCUCGGCUCCAGUUGUGAGGCCGAGAUCUACGCCGGGGCCAUGGCUGCACAGGAGCUUCGCUGGCUCACCUACCUGCUGACUGACCUUGGAGAGCCGCCUCGUUCUCCUCCAGUGCUGUACGUAGACAACAAGGCCAUGCUGGCCUUGUGUCGAGAGCAGCGCUUGGAGCACAGAACGAAGCACAUUGCUCUCCGCUACUUCCUUGCUCGUGAGCUGCAGCAGCGUGGUCAGUUGCGACUUGCGUACGUGGCCUCUGAGGCCAACACUGCUGAUGUGUUCAACAAGGCACUCGCGCCUUGUGACCAUCAGCGCUUUUGCACCCAGCUGGGUCUUGUGCCUGUCUUGCCUCACUUGCUCUCCUCUUGA